AUGACGAACUCAUCCGAAGCUCUCGAAGAGAAUGAGCUGCAUAAAGUACAAGAGAAGUUACUUCGCGAGAAAGACAUCAAACGUGAAGAAGAACGACUCAAAGAGCAACAGCGAUGGCUCGCCACGAAGCGCUUGAUGCUGCAUGGACAGUACAGCGAUUGGCUGAACGGUACCAUCGUCAGUCGCACUAUCAUCCCGUACUGCAAGACCUGGAAUCAAAACCUUGCAGCCCAACUACAAGACCGUUUGCCACGAGAGGUCCGAGACAUGAUAUACAAGCACCUAUGGCACUAUGAUCCCGACAGAACAUCCCCCCAUCUUAUGGCGCGACAGCAUGUCAAGCAACACUACACCUUCACAUGCCCCUACUGUCCACCAGACACGAUUGCAAUGUUCCCACGCCUUCUAGACAUUGCCCAAUCCAUGUACCGUGCGGAAGAUGGUGAUCUCAAGCAGAUGUUUGACCAGUCUACUCUCCCACACUAUCUGUCCCCAGACUACGUCGGCGUCCUUACUGCACACGAGAUCGGAGUGUCAUUCUACCAGUCUCUCAACGAAGAAAAUCUCUUACAAUGCCAAUCUAGUCGCAUUGGUUCAGUCCUGCAAAACGACAGUUUUCAUCUCGGCCUCCCUACGAUGGAGCUGAUCCGAAGUCUGACAGUUCACUGCAAUGUCGAUCGCUACCGUACUCCGCCGCCGAACCACUCUCUUUCUUCCAAAUGCAGACACUCCUUGAACGAAACAGCACUAGUUCGCAGUGACUUAUUAAUAAAAGACUUCUGCAGUUUACUUGAAAUCAAGAAAAAGAAGGGAUUCAACCUUCACAUUAUCAUGUACCAACGCUACAUUCGAUUGAAUGUUCUGGAGGAAGCCAUCGAAGUACUCCAGCCAAUGUUGAAAAGCCUUGUACAGGAUGGCUCCUCUCUCACAAUGAGCUGGACUUAUCGUGGGCACUGGGAUAAUCUAAUGGGCCCCCCUUGUUAUCAACUUGUUUCUUGUGACAUUACAAGCGCCUUGGAAGCACCCAAUGACCCGUUAUUGGACGACCCAGAAUGGAAAUGGGAUUUAUACGAAGUCUUGGAUCAGGCUGAAGACAUCAUAUUGCCGGAACACGCAAAGUUCGAGGUCGAGCCUGUCAAUAAUUUAAAGGCUUCAAAUCGCAGUGCAAUCAACCGUUUUAUGCACAACAUGUACGACUUGAGCGAGAUGCACAAUCUGAUCUCGAUGAAUGUCAUCACUCCUCUGGGUACAGAUGUUCCAUCGGAGUCCGAGGCAGACUCUGAUGCCAGUGAUGGCUGCAAAUUCGGUCUUUGUGAUCAUGACGAUGAUGAAGAACUGUGA